ACCUACUUGUUUACAAAGCGACAAAAGGAAUUUACUGGCGCGAUUUAUUUUUUGACGCAGAGCGUGUACGCUGGCAGCUGAACUCUUAAAUUACGUGUUCUCGUUGUUGCCUACUCCAUGUUACAUGCCACAGGGGUUGAUGGUACAGCUAUGAAUGUAUGUACGUAAUAAUACGUAACAAAGCGGAGUAGAAUAAAGAUGCCAACGUCGCAGUCUACAUAAUUUGUUUCAGCUUCGUACUGUUAAGUACACUCUUUCGAGAAUGGCUUUUUUAACAAUUGUGCUGAAGUUACGCCCGGAGCGUUUGUUGUUUGGUGUUCGUUAGAUACACUGUCAGAGAGGGUGUCAACAGCGUUGUGUAGCCUACAUGUAUGCAUUACGGCAAGUAAUACUCGAAGGAAAUUGUUGUCCCACUGGUAAACACGAACGUUGAAGCUAUUCAGAUUUAAAGGUGCAUUUGUGUCUGUGUGCACUGUGACUGAUCAUACAAGGAGUAAACUGUGGACGUGUUUUGUUUCGCCCAGGAAAAUUAGUGUUCGUACGUCUUGCCAUUCCUUUGAUGCCUGUUCCAGAAAGUCCUGUAUUUAGACGAAUACCAGACAUGUCUUGGACAGAUUUUGUAUCGCAUAUGCUGGCGACAACCCACAAGAUUGAAAAAGUCGCCGUUUUGAACUGCGACGGUAAGCCUCUAGCUAUAACCGAAGGGUUGAGUUUGUCCGAGUUGGAGGGAACGGCGGUCAUCAAGAGUCUUUUGGACCCCGCUGGCAGCAUCACUAGACUGCAUAUUGAUAACAAUUUCUACACGCUGUUUCAGGGGAACGACAACACCGUCGUGGGCGUCAGUCCGAUGAGGGACCGCGUUUUCGUCGCCCACAAACCGGAGGAUCAAGUCGUUGUGGUGAUUGCAUUUGGAAAUACCACCGGUCACGGCUCGUUUCUGUUCGAACUGAAGAAGAACCUGUGGCAUAAGAAACAACGCCAGUUACGGAGAGAACAAGAUCGGCUCAGUCAGCGAGAACUGUCCGAUGGUGCUGUAGAUAAACGUAAUGAUCUUUUGGAAAAUAUUAUUUUCUCAGCUGAACUCGAUAACAGCGAACAACAGGUGGAGCAACAACAGCAGACGACAGAUAUGGGAUUACUGAGCCUCACUGACAGUCAAGUGUUUUUACAAGUGAAUUAAUAUGGGGGGAGAGAGAGAGAGAGAGAGAGAGAGAGAGAGAGAGAGAGAGAGAGAGAGAGAGAGAGAGAGAGAGAGAGAGAGAGAGAGAGAGAGAGAGAGAGAGAGAGAGAGAGAGAGAUGGAUGGAUGGGAAGAGAGAGGGAAAAGAGGAGACUGGCAGACAGAGAAACAGAGAAUGAAAGAAACAGAGAGCACGACAGAGAUAUACGAAAACAGAUGAUUCAUGGAGUGAACAAUUUGAUGUGAUAUUUAAAUUCCAGCUAAAUGUGUUCCAAAAUGACUUGCUUAUAAUCCCCACCCACAUAGGCAACAUGGCGUGUGCAUGUAAUUGUUGUUAGUGAACAUGUUGGAAAAGUGGUAAAUAUAAACAAUAAUUCGUGUACUUUAGUAUGCUGACUGCGACAUUUUGUAUCAGCAGAUUAACAGGCGUACAAGCCUGAAGGAAGAAAGUGUGACUGUUUUUUGUUUGUUUGUUUGUUGGGUUUUUUGUUGGUUUUUUUUUUUUUGGGGGGGGGGGGGUGAGGAUGGGGAGAGUGGGUAUGUCUUUUUUAAAAGAAAAAAAAAUCGAGCAACAAACAAUUUAAUCAUGUGUAAAACAGUAAUAAUUCCCGAUAUGGUCUGUGAAUUUUAUACUGAACUGACUGUUGUGAAUUGGGUUGGAACACAUUCCUUUAUGAAUGGAACAUCGAGAUGGCGUGUAAGCCUUAAAGGCUAUCUAGUUAACAUUACAUACAUAUUAGUUUACGUUUAAGAGCCAGCUAACUAUAUUUAUGUUUAUAAUACAUUGUCAAAUACGUUUGAUGCCUUCCCCCACCCCUCGGCCACUUACAGUGCAUAUUUGUUUGUACGGUGCUUUUUAAACUCCCCAAAAUUACCUGCACACUAAUUUCGAAAAAUCAGUACGACACACUUGUAAGCUUGUAUAAUAAUCUCUAUGUACACAAUGGGUCAAUUGGCAUCAAAACCCACAACCCUGUAAUAAGAUAUGUCUAUGUUUUUGAAGACAAAAACGUGCACUGGUAUAGACUUCUACAUUAAGUUUUAAAAAAUCUAAUUUAUCACUGUAGUAUUUUUAGAAGCAAUGUGCUCGCUCAGCUAGACCACAUACAGAAAUUCACCAUUAAAGACAUAUUGUCACAGACCAGGGACCUAUUUAAUGGUCUAACAAAGUAUUACCUGAACAAAAAUAAUUUGAUUUGUACCUAAAUGUACUUUAUUCAACCAUCUUCAUAACCACCAUACUCCAUUUAU